UUUUGCAGCAUUGCUUGAUGGAUAAUAACGGUCUUAACUUGUUUUCCGCUCCCCAAGAAAGGAGGGUGUCAUUUGCAGAGCUAGCAAGGCAGUAUGAGAUGGCAGCCAACAACAAUGAUGAUGAUAUCCCGAAAAUGAAGAGGAGGGUGAAACUACAACUGAUAGAUGAUAUGAAUUCAAGGAAAGCUACAUUCAGGAAGAGACGUGCCGGAUUGUUGAAGAAGUUGGAGCAGCUCGCCAUCCUUUGUGACAUUCAGGCUUGUAUUGCCAUCUUUGGUCCAGGUGACAAGAGUCCUACGGUGUGGCCAUCAGUGGAGGAGGCUAAAGAGAUCAUGGAGAGGUUUGAGGAGAUUCCGGAGCCAGAGCGGUCGAGCAGAAUGGUAACUCAUCAGGAGUACAGGAAACAGAAGGUGAUUUGGAUGGAGAAGCAACUUGAGAAGCUCAAGAAACUUAACGAUCAGAAAGAGAUGGCCAUCUUCAUGCAUCAAAUCUAUAACGAACAUAGGCCUGUAACUGAUUUUAGCGAUGAUGAGUUGGACCGUUUUCUCACCUAUGUUGACGACAAGUUGAAGGCGGUUAGAAACAACAUAAUAAGAACCCACCGCUCUGAAGUGUCAAUUUCGUUGCAGCCACCGCCGGCGCCGCCAUCAGCAGUGGCAGUGCAGCCACUGAUUAUUUUUGGUGAAGUUGAUAGCAGUGUGCAAGAUGAACUGUUAUUUAAUGCAGAGCAACAACAGAAGAAUUUAGAAGAUGUUGUUCCUAAUGAUGAACCGGAUGAUGAUUUUUUUGGAGGAUUAUUCUUUGAAGAUGAGAGUAACGGGUCGGUUCUGUUUCCUGUUGGUGAUGAGCAUGUGUUGGUGGUUCCACCGGCUGAAGCUAAUGAAGAAUUAUUUGGGUUUGGAGAUUUCGAUGAUUCAGUGGAUUUUGGUGAUCUUGACAAUUUUGGUGACCUCACUGUUGGAACUGAUGAUGAUGAUGACGAUGAUGAUUUCUUAAUUGAUGAGUUAUUAUUGCCUAAUCAGGGCAAUGCCGCCGGAAAUACUAGUAAUGAUAAUCAUAAAGGGCUGUGGUAG